UUGUUUGCGCAGGACAUGCGCGCAUAUGCUUGCUGCGAGCUGCGAGGGCGGCUUGGCGGCUGGCGUUGUCAUCACGGUGUUGUCCAGCUGUCGCGAAAGAUGAUGACCUCGUCGGAAACGUCGGAGGUGGAGAAUCUGGGAGGCGAGAAGGGUCCCGAGGACUCGGCGAUCCUGGAAGUGAGCUCCAUGGCGGUGGGCGGGAUCGUGAAGCAGGAGAGCCGCGACGUCGAUUUCCUGUCCAACUGCAGCACCUCCAUCGAAGGCUCCGUGAUUGCAUCUCCUUCUAUCGAUAGCUUCUCCACUUUGCCGGAUCAAGAGAUAUCAGAUUUUCAGACGGACUCGCGAGAUCUGCAAGUGAAAGUGGACAAUCCGCAAAAACAUUUAGAAACCUUGGAGACGUAUAUUACAUUCCGUAUAACGACUAGAACUACGCGUCCAGAGUUUGAAGAAGGUGAAUAUAUAGUUCGCAGACGCUACAAUGAUUUUAUAUGGCUGCGUCAAAAGUUAGUAGACAAUUAUCCGACACAUAUUAUACCACCAAUGCCAGGCAAGCAUACGCUCCUCGCUCAAUUGGAUCGUUACUCCAAAGAGUUUAUCAUAGCACGCAUGAGGCUUCUGCAUAUAUUUUUAAACAGAGUGGUGAAUCAUCCAAUUCUCAGCUGCGACAAGAAUCUCCAUAUUUUUCUCACUACCAAGCCUGCAGAAUUUCUCAUUUAUCGUAAAAACCGUGGAAACGUACUCGGGAAAAUGACCGAUUCUUUGCAAAACAUAGCAACUACAUAUACAAUGAAACAGCAUCAUUUGGAAUUUGAGCAGAUUCGGGAUUAUUGUACAGCAUUGAGCGAAAAACUGUCGGCCAUAGAUAAAAUUAACCAUCGCAUAUACAAAGAAAGGCAAGAUUAUUUAUUGGAGCUUCAUCAGUUACAUCCCAUAUUCACACUGUGGACAACCUCAGAACCGGAACUCGCGAGUAUUUUAUUAGCGAUUGCCAAAGCAGUAGAAACGAACGCGAUAGCUCAUCAGAAACUCUUGGAAAAUGUCCCUAACGAUGAACGCGAAUACAUCUCGUAUAUAGAGGCGGUUAAAAAUGCAUUAUCUCGACGUGACUCGAUGCAGAUUGAAUACGAGAUAACCGUUGAUGUAUUAGCAAAGAAGAGAUUAGAAAAGGAUCAGCUGAUAGGAAAUACAAACUACACAAUACCUGCACAAGGCUGGGGUGGAUCUUUAUGGAAAGCAGAAUCUCGUGAUGAAAAAUUAGAGAGACUCGGUCAAACCAUUCCGCGAUUAGCUAAACAAGUGGAGAUAUUGCAAGAUCGCGUGGAAUGCGCAAACGAAAAUCUGCGAAGCGAUCUACAGAGAUGGAACGUAGAGAAGCAACAGGAUUUAAAGAAUAUGCUAAUCGCGAUGGCGGAUCGACAUAUCAGACACUAUCAACAGUGCAUGAAUGCGUGGGAAGAAAUUCUCACCGGCCUUAAAUUGGACGGAAUUGGAUCUGACGUUAAUGUAGGUCCACCUGUUAAGAUACCUGUUUAAAUUGCUAGUCUUUCUUCGCCACUCUAAAAAAACAUAGAAUAAAUAUUAGUUAUACACACAAAGGUAAUAAUACACCAAUUUAAGAAUCUCUAUUAUUACAUAAUGACACAAAGUUUAUUGCAAAUCCAAAGAACAAUCUAUCGUUAGCUUCGAUAUCAUUGCUUCUAAAAUCGAAUCAUUUCUUCGGAAUCUCGAGAUUACCAUACAGUAAUUGUAAUUAUUUAAUAAUUGCGGAAUUGCAAUGAACGCGUUUGAUGAUAAUAAAAAUCGCGCAUUUAUGUAUAUGUACAUAUAAUACGCUAAUAUCAAAACUCUAUUUGGAAAACUCGCCUUUAUGAUACAAUAAUCUUGUGAUAAUGUGAAAAAUUAAGUAUAUAACGCGUUUGGUCCUACAUACUAAGGGAGCAAGUUCUUUCAGUAUAUAUCAUGUACAGGAAAGAUUUUUCAAUGUUUCCUCU